AAACAUGAUAUAAAUCAGAAUGCGUCCGACCGUCGUCGAGGUUACAUCGCCGGUGGUGCUUAUACAUUUCUUAUCGUAAUGUUGGAAGGUGUCAAACAUGUUUUAUUAGUGCUUUCUGGUAAAGGUGGUGUUGGGAAAUCAACAGUUAGCACACAAUUGGCCCUUGCACUCAAGGAGUCAGGGUUUCGAGUAGGUUUACUAGAUGUUGAUCUAUGCGGACCCAGCGUACCUUACCUGUUAAACUUGGAGGGCAGAGAUGUUCAUCAGUCUUCUGAUGGAUGGAUCCCAGUGUUUGCAGACAAAGAACAAAAGCUGGCUGUCAUGUCAAUAGGAUUUUUAUUAAAAAAUCAAAAUGAUAGCGUCGUUUGGAGAGGUCCAAAAAAAACUGGAAUGAUUAAACAAUUUUUAAACGAUGUUGUUUGGCAAGAUAUCGAUUAUUUGAUCAUUGACACACCACCAGGAACAUCAGAUGAGCAUAUCACAGUAAUGGAAAACUUGAGAAAUGUUAAAUGUGAUGGUGCACUUAUAGUAACUACCCCGCAAGCAGUUGCAGUAGAUGAUGUCUUGAGGGAAAUAACAUUUUGUAGAAAAACUGGCAUUCACAUAUUUGGUAUAGUCGAAAAUAUGAGUGGUUUUGUCUGUCCAUCUUGUUCGGAAUGUACAAAUAUAUUUUCGGCGGGUGGAGGAAUAGCUCUUUCGAAAAUGGUAAAUGUACCAUUUCUAGCAAAAGUGCCCAUUGAUCCUCAAGUUGGCAAACUAGCAGAAACAGGUCAGAGUGUUCUGGUGACAUUCCCGGAUAGUCAAGUAGCGCAGGUGUUUCGGAAACUAGUCGAAGAACUUACCAAGAGCAAAGAAGCAUAGGAGUGAACGUUUGAAUUAUACAACUCUAGAACUUCUUCUGAAAUACAAUACUUGCUCAUAAUUUUACAGUUCACUUUGGUCCUUUGAGAGCAGUAAUGUAAUGCAUUUUUUUAUUGUGUUAUGGUAGGUGACAUAAAUUAAUUUCGGUAAACACGGAGUUCAUUAUGGAAAAUAUAUAUGUAUUUCAUGACAGUGUAGCAUACACGUAACAUUGUAAAAUAUUUAUAUUUUAUACACAUAAUCUAUGAGAUUGAGAAAAAAAGAUUAAUCUAAUCGCAUUUUAUACAAAAGAGGUACAGUGUACAGGUAUAAAUAUAACGAUUUUUAUAUAAUACCACAUGGACAUAUUAUACUGUAUCAGGGUUAACGGGAACAUGUGAAUAUAUUUUGAAUCUUUUGUACAAAACUGUGAAUAGAUCAAUGUAUCGUUGUAUAAUAUAUAUACAUUGAAAUCUUUGUAAAUUUACGUAUCGUUCUAUUUACAGUCUAAAAAGACUAAUUGUUACCUAAUUAAUUACAGUUUUUAAAUGCUGCGCACAUAUUUUCAAAAAUAAUAAAAAGAAUAUAUAUUUUCCUCAUA